AUGCAGCAUUUUGGAUUGGUUGAAGACUGCAAACUGCAGGACUGGUCUGUCAUUGGAUCUGGGGGUUUCGGACAGAUCUAUAAGGCCAAACACAAAGAUUUGGGGAUGGAGGUGGCAAUCAAACUACUGCAAAAUGAUGAUGGUUCCAGUGCAUCUCUGCAGAAGGAGGCUGAGUUCAUGCAGCAGGGUGGGAGCCCGUAUGUGGUGCGUGUUUUUGGGGUGUACCGGGGUGUUCCCCCCGGCAGGGGGCACUCGAGCCAGAUGGGCCUGGUGAUGGAGCUGAUGGAGAGGGGGUCUGUGGAGUCCCUCCUGAAGAGGCUGAGGGGCCCCCCUCCCUGGCCCCUGGCCUUCCGCCUGGCUCAUCAGGUGGCUCUUGGCAUGAACUUCCUGCACAAGCUUUGCCCCCCACUGCUGCACCUCGACCUCAAGCCCUGCAACGUGCUGCUGGACCACGGCUUCAGAGCAAAGGGGGAGGGGAGAGGCACACUGAGCUACAUGCCCCCCGAAGCCUUCCAAACAUCCUACAAAGCCACGGCCGCCUCUGACUCCUACAGUUAUGCCAUCCUGCUCUGGUCUGUAAUCACUGGCAGGGAGCCCUAUGGUGAUGCUAAGCACUGCGUGAUCCGGCUUUGGGUCCAGGACGGGGACAGGCCCAGUCUGGAGGGGGUGAACAGGGCAGCAGUUGAGGGCUUGGGGGAGAUCAUUGACCUCAUGGAGAGAUGCUGGGACCCCAGCCCCCAAAAACGCCCCUCUUUCCAUGACUGCUUCCCAGUGACAGAGAAGGUGUUUGAGCUGCACAGCCGUGGAAUUCAUGAUGCCAUCCACCAGGUGUCCAAAGCACUGGAUGAAAAGCGAGCGAUAUCUCCAACUCCAAUACCCAAGGCUGUGAAAGUUACUAUGGACCCCAGGGGAGGAUGGAACAGCAAAGACUGGACUCCUCCCAAUUUCCGGGCAGCAGACAGCGGCAUUGGAACAGAACCCUGUCCUGCCUCUGCCACCUCUAAGGCACUGAGUGACAGCAUCUCCAAAACCUCCAGCACAAGUAAGCGCUCCCUCUCCUGUAAAACCAUGGUUCCAAACUCUUUCAUCCCGUGA